ACUCGGCGGGGCGCCGGCCGGCGGGCGGAGACGGACCCGGGAUCUGUCCGAGCAGGAAGCGAGCCGGAGCCCGGUCGCCGCCGCCGCCCUGUCGCCGCCACCGCGACUCUGAGCUCGUUCACGUCGUCGGCCUUUUCGCUCAACUUCAUCACCUCCCACCCCGCCCUUCACCUCACCGGCCACAGGUAGCCUCGCCGCCGCGCACCUGCCUUCGCGUCCGCACCGAAAAUAGAUACUCCCUUCAAAAAUGGAGGAUGGAAAGCCCGUUUGGGCGCCACACCCUACAGAUGGAUUUCAAAUGGGCAAUAUUGUAGAUAUUGGCCCUGACAGCUUAACCAUUGAACCCUUGAACCAAAAAGGCAAGACAUUUUUGGCUCUCAUAAACCAAGUGUUCCCUGCAGAAGAAGACAGCAAAAAAGAUGUGGAAGAUAAUUGUUCACUAAUGUAUUUAAAUGAAGCCACUCUUCUUCAUAAUAUCAAAGUUCGAUACAGUAAAGACAGAAUUUAUACAUAUGUCGCCAACAUUCUGAUUGCAGUGAACCCAUACUUUGACAUACCUAAAAUAUAUUCUUCAGAAACAAUAAAGUCGUAUCAAGGAAAAUCUCUUGGAACGAUGCCACCUCAUGUCUUUGCAAUUGCUGAUAAGGCUUUUAGAGACAUGAAAGUGCUCAAGAUGAGUCAGUCUAUCAUCGUAUCUGGAGAAUCAGGAGCUGGCAAAACAGAAAAUACAAAAUUUGUUUUAAGAUACCUGACUGAAUCCUAUGGAACAGGUCAAGAUAUUGAUGAUAGAAUUGUUGAAGCUAACCCACUCUUAGAAGCCUUUGGAAAUGCAAAGACUGUUCGCAACAAUAAUAGCAGUAGAUUUGGAAAAUUUGUAGAAAUACAUUUCAAUGAAAAGAGUUCAGUUGUUGGAGGAUUUGUUUCACAUUACCUUCUAGAGAAAUCUAGGAUCUGUGUUCAAGGCAAAGAGGAAAGGAAUUAUCAUAUCUUUUAUAGGUUGUGCGCUGGUGCUUCUGAAGAUAUUAGGGAAAAACUUCAUUUGAACUCCCCAGAUAAUUUUCGGUAUUUAAACCGAGGCUGCACUAGAUACUUUGCUAACAAAGAAACUGACAAACAGAUUUUACAGAACCGAAAAAGUCCUGAGUAUCUUAAGGCAGGUUCCUUGAAAGAUCCUCUGUUAGAUGACCAUGGAGAUUUUAUUAGAAUGUGCACAGCCAUGAAAAAGAUUGGUUUGGAUGACGAAGAAAAGCUUGAUCUGUUCCGGGUAGUAGCUGGUGUCCUGCACCUUGGAAAUAUUGAUUUUGAGGAAGCUGGCAGCACCUCAGGUGGUUGUAAUCUGAAGAAUAAAUCUAAUCAGGCAUUGGAAUAUUGUGCUGAAUUACUGGGUUUAGAUCAAGAUGAUCUUCGUGUAAGUUUAACUACAAGAGUCAUGCUAACAACAGCAGGGGGCACCAAAGGAACAGUCAUAAAGGUACCCUUGAAAGUGGAGCAAGCAAACAAUGCUCGCGAUGCCUUGGCAAAGACUGUCUAUAGCCAUCUUUUUGAUCAUGUGGUCAACAGAGUAAAUCAGUGUUUUCCUUUUGAAACAUCAUCUUAUUUUAUUGGAGUCCUAGAUAUUGCUGGUUUUGAGUACUUUGAACAUAACAGUUUUGAACAAUUUUGCAUCAACUACUGCAAUGAAAAGCUUCAACAGUUUUUUAAUGAAAGGAUUCUGAAGGAGGAACAAGAACUCUAUCAAAAAGAAGGUUUAGGUGUUAAUGAAGUGCAUUAUGUGGAUAAUCAGGACUGUAUAGAUUUAAUUGAAUCAAAAUUAGUGGGGAUACUGGAUAUUUUAGAUGAAGAAAAUCGCCUUCCCCAGCCAAGUGAUCAACACUUUACAUCUGCAGUUCACCAGAAACACAAAGAACAUUUCCGACUCACUAUACCAAGAAAAUCUAAGCUGGCAGUCCAUAGGAACAUCAGAGAUGAUGAAGGCUUCAUUAUCAGGCAUUUUGCAGGGGCAGUGUGCUAUGAAACAACCCAAUUUGUGGAAAAAAAUAAUGAUGCUUUACAUAUGUCUCUUGAAUCCUUAAUAUGUGAAUCCAGGGAUAAAUUUAUACGAGAAUUAUUUGAAUCAUCUACAAACAACAACAAAGAUACUAAACAAAAAGCAGGAAAACUUAGCUUCAUCAGUGUGGGAAACAAGUUUAAGACACAGUUAAAUCUGCUUCUGGAUAAACUUCGAAGUACUGGUGCAAGCUUUAUUCGUUGUAUCAAACCUAAUUUAAAGAUGACAAGCCACCACUUUGAAGGUGCCCAGAUUUUGUCUCAACUUCAAUGUUCAGGUAUGGUGUCUGUUUUGGACUUAAUGCAGGGUGGUUUCCCAUCACGAGCUUCCUUUCAUGAACUCUACAACAUGUAUAAAAAGUAUAUGCCAGAUAAACUUGCAAGAUUAGAUCCAAGACUGUUUUGCAAGGCUCUUUUUAAAGCUUUGGGCUUGAAUGAAAUUGACUACAAGUUUGGGUUAACAAAAGUAUUUUUUAGGCCUGGCAAGUUUGCAGAAUUUGAUCAGAUUAUGAAGUCUGACCCUGACCAUUUAGCAGAACUGGUUAAAAGAGUCAAUCACUGGCUUGUCUGCAGUCGCUGGAAGAAAGUUCAGUGGUGCUCCCUCUCAGUCAUCAAACUGAAAAACAAAAUAAAAUAUCGAGCUGAAGCCUGCAUUAAAAUGCAAAAAACUAUUAGAAUGUGGCUUUGCAAAAGGAGACACAAACCUCGCAUCGAUGGACUGGUUAAGGUCGGCACACUGAAAAAACGACUCGAUAAAUUUAAUGAAGUAGUAAAUGCAUUGAAAGAUGGAAAACCAGAGGUGAAUAAACAGGUCAAGGACCUUGAAAUUUCUAUUGAUGCUUUAAUGGCCAAAAUUAAGUCCACUAUGAUGACAAGGGAACAAAUACAGAGAGAAUAUGAUGCACUAGUUAAAAGCUCAGAGGAACUCCUCAGCGCAUUACAGAAAAAAAAACAGCAGGAAGAGGAAGCAGAACGGCUGAGGCGUAUUCAAGAAGAAAUGGAAAAAGAAAGAAAAAGACGUGAGGAAGAUGAACAACGUCGAAGAAAGGAAGAGGAGGAAAGGCGGAUGAAACUUGAGAUGGAAGCAAAGAGAAAACAAGAAGAAGAAGAGAGAAAGAAAAGGGAAGAUGAUGAAAAACGUAUUCAGGCUGAAGUGGAGGAGCAGCUGGCCCGACAGCGGGAAGAGGAAUCUCAGCAGCAGGCGGUUCUGGAGCAGGAGCGCCGCGACCGGGAGCUGGCCCUGAGGAUCGCCCAGAGCGAAGCUGAGCUCAUCAGCGACGAGGCCCAGGCUGACCUGGUGCUCCGGAGAGGUCCUGCUGUACAAGCCACCAAGGCAGCUGCUGGUACCAAGAAAUACGAUCUCAGUAAAUGGAAAUAUGCAGAACUACGUGAUACCAUCAAUACUUCUUGUGAUAUUGAGCUCCUGGCAGCUUGCAGAGAAGAAUUUCACAGAAGACUAAAAGUGUAUCAUGCUUGGAAAUCCAAGAAUAAGAAGAGAAACACUGAAACAGAGCAACGUGCUCCAAAGUCUGUUACUGAUUAUGAUUUUGCACCAUUUUUGAACAAUUCACCUCAGCAGAACCCAGCGUCUCAGCUUCCUGCCAGGCAGCAGGAGAUCGAAAUGAACCGACAGCAGCGCUUCUUCCGCAUCCCAUUCAUCCGCCCUGCCGACCAGUACAAAGACCCGCAGAAUAAGAAAAAAGGCUGGUGGUACGCGCACUUUGAUGGCCCGUGGAUUGCCCGGCAGAUGGAACUCCAUCCUGACAAGCCUCCCAUCCUGCUUGUGGCUGGUGUGUGGAAGGAUGACAUGGAGAUGUGUGAGCUGAAUCUUGAAGAGACAGGCCUGACUCGAAAGCGUGGUGCUGAGAUUUUGCCAAGACAGUUUGAAGAAAUUUGGGAACGCUGCGGAGGUAUCCAGUACCUCCAGAAUGCAAUUGAGAGCAAACAGGCAAGGCCCACGUAUGCGACGGCCAUGCUGCAGAACCUGUUAAAGUAGAUGGUGCACCUGACCUGACGGCUGGGAGCCAGGCUGGGGCACUAAGUAGGGUGUGUGCCCCCCGAGAUUUGACCUUUCUGUGACCGUGUUAGAACUGCUGAUACAAAGUGAACAGAUUUUAUUAAUCAUGGCUUUUUGUUAAUUUAAGGUAAAUUAUGGUAGUGAACUUGGGACCUAAAAAUUGUUUUCGUGUAUCCAACUAUAACUGUUAAACCUCUCCUCCCUCUAAUACUGGUUAACACUUGGACAGAUUCUGACAUUUCUCAUUCUUUGCCAACAGACUACCUGAAGUCCAUUGUAAUUGUUCUCUAGGAAAGGAAAUGUUUUAAAAACUCAAAAUACUGACUUUGCAAGGAUGGCACAGAACCAUAUAACUGGAAUAAUGAAACCUUAGGUUAAAUUUUCUUGUGAAAAUUAAGGCACUUAAUCAAGGCACUGAUGCUUUGAUCUGGAAUGCUGUGUACUUUUUUAAUUCACUUUUUCAGAAAUUGAUGGAUAUUUCCAUUGAAAGUGGAAAAUUUUUUUUCCUCCUGCUUUGUGGUGUGGCUUAGUUUGAGUAAAGCAAUUCACCUGAACUUCUAGAAUUCUAGAAAAGAGCCUGAAUGUAUUUGAUGUACUCUGCGAUAAAGAAAGUACUCACAGAUUUAUUUUUCUUUUGUAUCAUGUUUUGUUGCUAUGUAAGAAUAUUUUCUUACAGUCCGUGGGCAAAUAAAGGAAAUUCAGGCCAUUUCAGUGCUUAAAAGUUUUGAGAUAACUUGUUUCAUUUAGAAAAGGAAAUAGGUUUUUGGUGGCAAUGUGGCUUAACUGGACUGAAUUCAAAUUAUUCUUUCAACUUCAUCUCAGUUGCAAUUUUUGUAUCAGAAUCUUGUCCAAGUUGUUUCGUAUGAUUUAAGCUAGUGUUCUGUUUCAAAAUAUCUUUGUUUUUGAAAAUGUCUAGUGUCUUUUUUGGCCUUGAGAUUUUGGUAAUUAUAGAACUGUUUUGUAAGCUUUGUAAUUCAAAAGCCCAGUACUUGGUAAUUGCUUAUUUCAUGUAACUGACGAUUUAAUUUUUUUCUUUGUGUGUUAGUUUUGAUCAAAUGUCAGCAGUUUCAAAUUUAAUAUUUAUGACGUUAUAUUAGGAAUUUGGAGACAAAAAUACAUCAUGGAGUUAUGCUGAUAUAAUGAUAGUGAGUCGUGUUUGUAUUUUAGAAUAAAAUUAGAAAAAUAAAAUUAUUCUCUGUACUUUUCCCCCUGAUUUUUAAAGACCCUAGCCUUUGAAAUGAUUUCCAGUGAUUGUUUUUUCUAGAAAGAGUACCUCAGUCAGGAAGAUCUUUCCCAGCUGAUUAGAUUAAUGCUUGUGAGAGCCACACACUUUUUUCUGAAUUGUUUCUCUCAUAAGAUGUGUCUUAGUACAGAAAUAUUUAUUUAUUAUGAUACUGUGCAAAUGAUUGUCUCCUGUUAAAGAAAUUAAAUUGUCCUAUCUGUGCUAUUGGGAAUGUGAAUAGGAUUAUCUUUUGAAGGCUGUAUUACUGUGGAGAUUCACCCACCCUUGGGUUAUUUGGUCCCUGUGAUUGGUGCAGAAGGUCUGGUUACUGAAAAUAAAUGACCUGUUCUCUCUCUUCUCAUCACUUGCCUUUAAUUGGUGUUUUUAUUUGUAUAGGAUAGUGAAUGAUGAGCUUAACUCGUAGCAAAUAGAGUCCUUGAAGAAAAUUUAAUAACCAAAUUGACUUUUAAUGACUUAUCCCUUUAGUACUGUUUUCAGAAGGAGUUUUAUGUAUCUCCUAGAUACAUUUAAGUACUAGAUGAAAACCCAUCAAACAGGUUAAAAUUACUGUAAUGAAAGAACUUAAUGUUUGAAGAAUUUGUAAGACAUUUAUCACAGCAAAGCACUGUUGCAAGUCUUUCAUUUUUUAUUUUAAUAGCUAAUAAAAUUACAGUUUUAAGCUAUUUUGUUGCUAAUUAUGUCACACAGCUGUCCUAGAACUUAUCUAUUUAAAGUUGUCUCCUGAGUUAAUUUUGGCUACCAGGAGAAUUGCCCUAAUUCAGAUAGAUUUACAGUAACCUACAUAUAAUAGAUACACACGUGCACACACACACACACACACACACACACACACACACACUCCCCUUUGCUGGAAAAAUUUGGGAGCCUGUCAGCCUUUAAAAGAAGUAGCAGAAAUGGUGUUCUAAAAGAUGUGGAUAUGGCUGCUUUACAGUGUUCACAGUCAAACCCAUAAACGUGUGAAAACUAUAGGAAUCAAAAGUCAGUUUCUAUUUAAUGUCAUUUGAAUUGAGAUUUAAAAUUUGAAAUUUCAACCAGUGUACUGUAUAUUAAGAACUAAUCUCUUUUUAAAAAAAAUUUUUUGAAUGUUUGUUUAUUUUUGAGAGAGAGACAGAGCAUGAGCGGGGGAGGGGCAGAGAGAGAGGGAGACACAGAACCUGAAACAGGCUACAGGCUCUGAGCUGACAGCACAGAGCCUGACACAGGGCUUGAACUCACGGACCGUGAGAUCAUGACCUGAGUCAAAGACAGACGGACACUCAGCUGGCUGAGCCACCCAGGCGCCCAAGAACUAAUCUUCUCUUAAUGGGUUUUCUUACUCAGUACAUGUUCCUUCCUUAGUGUAUACUUUACAAAAGUAGACAUACAUAAAAUACUAAGAAUGAGAAGGUAAAACUCAAUUUGAUUAUAAUGUAAUUCCUAAUUCCACUAACACAUUUGAGAUAUGUAUUAUGAGCUAUGGGUAUGCACUGAGAGAAAGGAAGUUUCUUUAGUACACACAUGUCAAGAGAACAGUGAAUUUUCUUUGUUGUAAAGUUGAGUAGAUGGCACCUUCUCAAAGGAUUAUGUGAGGAAAAAAUAAAAUAAUGCACGUAGGAGUAUAAGCCUACACAAGAGACAUUCUAUUGUAACUUACAUUCUGCUUCCUAUAAUGUCUUUUUAAUAGGUCAUUCUUUCCUGUAACACAGUGAACACUUUUGUUUUGCAAACAACAAAGAAAAUAUAAUCUUACGUGGAAAAUAGGUAGGUGGUAUUUGUGGAAGCUUAGCUAGAGAAUAGAAGAAACAGGCAGGAAUAAUGAGGAUUAAUUGUAGAGCUCUAUUAAUUGGAUUUUUAAAAAAAUAUUUUAAUUCACAGAUUAUUACUAUGGUUCUCAGGGGAUCCAGAUACGUAGCUCUUUGGUUUCUUUUUGUGAAGGACUGUAAGAGUACUUGGAUAAGUAGAAUAAAUAUUUAUUGAAUGAAUCAUCAGUUAAUACAAUGUUAGUGGUUGGUUUGCCUCCUUUUACAGAGGAGGUAAAAGAAAUCCAGAGGGAUCAAGUAAUUUAAUUCUAGACCAUGAACGAGAUAUAAAUGUUUUUGCUCCAAUCAUGUGGAACAAAAAGAAUAAAAAAAAAUUGUUUUGAGUAGCCCCCUGUAGAUUUACAAAGGGUUGUUCCUUUGUCAUUCCACAUCUCCAGAAGGUGUGACAUAUUCUAUGUUUCAUUACCAGAAAUAACAAGUAUUGAGAGUUUAUUUCUCCCGGAAGACAAACUAACAAGGGAGGAGAAGCCAGAAGAUACUAAAAAUGAGAAUAAGGACAAGUCGAGGGAACAGUUGUAACAAUAAGGAAAGAGAAGAGGAACAGUGAUGGAAGAGAAAGAAAUGGGUCUUCCCCUGAAAACUCUACUUCCCCAGGUUGAACAACACUGAUACAUUUUAGGUGACAAAGCACUCCUGAUCUUUGCUGAGUUUUAGAGUGAAUUAUAUGUAAUAUAGAAGCAGAACCUGUGGUUAUUAAAACUUGGGUCACAGUAGACCUGGUGUAUAAAUUCUUAGCAUAUAGAAAUGGCACCGCCACACUGGAGAAGACGAGCAGUGAGUAGACAUUCUGUGCGUAAGCCUCAUGGAGGGAUAGAGUUGGACAGACUCUGAGAGGUAGAGUCUACCCACGUCAGUACCAGAUCAUUGAAUACAGUUAAGUUCAGUUCACAUCAGUGUAUUCUUCCUUCCCCAUCACCAACUUAAUAGAUGAAGUAAGUUUGGUUGUCAGACUUUCCAGAAAUCUUUCAAAAGAUAAUCAGGAAAAAAAAUGUACAUUAAAAUGAGAAUCUUUAAUCCUAAUUUGUAUCUAUGCAGAAUCUCACCUUCAGACCUCAGAUUGGCUUAUUGUCCAUUUUCUUCUCACUUUUGAAAAUCCAUCUAAUUGCAACUGUUAAUUUUUCCUCAUUUCCUUAAAAAUGUAUAUCUGAUUAUUUCCUAAAAUACUGAUGUACUGGAAAUAGAAAUAAUAAAUGCCAUCUAUGUAGAACUUC